GACAAGGUUGAAAUGAUUGAUAGCGUGUUAUCUUUUAUGAGGCUAAAGUUGUAUUAACAGUAACAGAUCAGUGUUCAACAUAAUAUUUCAAAUCGAAACAAUGUCUCCAUACUGCGCACUGUGUUUUGCAGUAUUAAGCUGUCUAUUUUACGUGGAUUUUACCGGGUGUGAGGCAAUAGAGUUAACAGGAAAUGUAACAGACGUGAUGGAAAACGAUACGAUUGUGUUGACGUGUAACGUGUCAUCAGCUGUGCAAAUUCCAUCGUUAUAUUGGGACAAAACAGAUAACGUCUCUGGUGUUAAUAACAUUUACUUUGUGAAAUUGCCUGAAUGUUAUGAUCUUAAACCUCCACCAGAGUACAUGUCAUGUUCAUGUAUAUCAAACUCCGUUGUCAGCUGUGUCAUUUUAUCAGUCACGCUGGACUUAGAUGACAAUGUUUUUCAAUGUCGUUAUAUGAGAAACAACACCAGGAUAGAAAGCAAUGAAUUAAAGAUAAAGUUUCAAGCGCCGCCAGCUCCGACAACCACGACAACAACAACAGCGCCGCCAGCUCCGACAACCACGACAACAACAACAGCGCCGCCAGCUCCGACAACCACGACAACAACAACAGCGCCGCCAGCUCCGACAACCACGACAACAACAACAGCUACUUCGCCUUUGACAACUCUGACAAGCACAGAUAUUAGUACAGAUUCGUCUGUCACAGUCUACUCAACAAAAGCUAAAGUAGAAAGCAGUUCGUGUCCUGUAUGUGGUUCCAGAGUAACGAUAUUCAUUUCGAUUACGGUGAUGAUGUUGAUGUACUUCGACUGGAGAUACUGACAAUUUUCGUGGAUUUUGUUGUUUUUUACUGAUACUUCAACAACACACUGUUUUGUGUAGCAUUCCUCUAAUAUAUUGGAAAUUUAAAAAAUAUUGUGUUUGAUUUGUAAUGAUUUUGCAUUAUGUACUAAAAUUAAGUGGGUGAACAUUAUUUUAGUAUACGUGUCGCUAUUAAACAUAUCAUUGUCAUCAUUAUAAAUGAAAAUAAUUAAUACGAUAGAACAAGAUUAUACAUUGUUUAAUAAUAAUAAUGUUAUUCUACAUGUUUGUGUAUUAUGAUAGAUAUGCAGCAUAUGCCAUAUAGAACCAGUGACUGAUAUUUAUUUAAAUUACAAUGGUAACACUGUGUUAAAUUAAAAACAAGUUUGAACGUUAAAACACUUAGCUUGAUGGUAUUAAAUCAUUUGGUUUCAGUUCAAAAACAAAAUCAAUUUUUUAACACCUGUUCGAAUGCCUUAUCUUUACUGUGACAUCAGAUAUUUUAAAACCAUUAAAUGCACUGAUACAAAUCAGGAUGAAAAAACAACAACAAAUAUAUCGAUUUCAUGCACACCGCACAUAACGACUACAACGACUAUGUUUCUAUGUCUGUCUGUAAAAGUAACAACAACACUUAUUAAACAUUGAAUCGAUUUUCUUGACAAUUGUUACUGUCUUAAUUUAAUAUUUUUACCAAUAUUGACACCCUUCGUUUAAGCAUUCUAUUGCUCCUUCGCUGAGCACAAACAAGUUAUCGUUUUAUGAUCAAAUACUUUCCAUACAAUAACAACAUGGAGUCAUUAAUCACAGGUGGCAAACAAAUGUCUGCCAUAAAGCACAAUUUAUGAUGCUCCCAAGUCUUCUCAUGGUACUAGUAUUUAGCAGUAAUUUCAUGCAGUAAGUUAGCGUUGUAAUGCUUAACUGUUGCUAAAAUUUGCAAGGUAUUUACAACAUAAAAGUCAUUCGGAUGAUUGGCAAUCAUGUAUGGAAUAAAGCAAUUAUCUUGAG